UCCCGCAGGACAGCAGGAUGUGGCGGCUGCUUCUGCUGGCCGCGGGCUGGGAGCUGGCCGCAGCCGCCGCCCACAGCGGCUUUCGCAAGGGCGGCGAGGCGGCGGGGAGGAGGCAGUACCAGGUCCAGCACGGCUCCUGCAGCUACACCUUCCUGCUGCCCGAGGCGGACAACUGCCGCCCCCCGGCCGGCGCCUACGACGCCGUGCAGAGGGACGCCCCGCCCGACUACGACGGCUCGGUGCAGCGGCUGCAGGCGCUGGAGAGCAUCAUGGAGAACAACACGCAGUGGCUGCUGAAGCCGGCGCAGAGUGGCCCGGGGGCCCUGGGGGCCGGCUACCGGACACCCCGCAACAGCCCGGGAGUGACCACAGGGGAGCGGACGCAGAGGGAGAGCAGGCGGGCCGGGCCCCAGCGGGUCAGCGCCCUCCCUGAGCGGCGGCUUCUCCCGACUGACCGACGCCUGGGGCUGGGGACAGCGGGCGCCGGCCAGCCCUUCGUUGCGCAGAAGCGCUGGUGGUUCGACGCCUGCGGCCCCUCCAACCUGAACGGCGUGUACUACCCGCAGCGGCAGAACACGAACAAGUUCAACGGCAUCAAGUGGUACUACUGGAAGGGCUCCGGCUACUCGCUCAAGGAAUGGAGACCGGAAGCGCGUGUCGCCGUGGGAAACGCUGACUCGCAGCCCGUCAGCACCGCACCGGCGGCCCACCACGACGGGAAGCCCGCGGUGCCGGCCGACCUUGGCAGCGCGCUCGGAAGCCAGAGGAGACCCGGCUCCUUCCAGCUGAUGGCGCUCGGGGCCCCGACAGGCACCGGUGUGCCUGGGGCUGAGCCUGACUCUGGCAUCGAGGUGCUGUGCCGCUUUGACCCAGACGCUUCAUCUGGGCGACGGGGCCCGCAGCGCCGCUGCGUCUCGCCUCAUCCCGCCCCACGAGAGGCGGCGCGGGUCUCCCUGUGCGCGGCACUCGGCCUGUUUCUGCGAAACGCCAGGAGUUUUCCUUGCACACGAAUGAGCCAGAAGCGCGUUUCAGGACGUGGCUCUGGCCAGAACUCCGCCGGCAGCUGA